AUGAAGACACAUCAGUUUUUCUUUCUGGCACUGCUGUUUCUCACAGCUUUCCCGGCAACAAACAGCAUAAGUCCAAAUGAAGCGAAGACAAAAAAAGCCAAACUCCCCAAAAUCAAAAAGGAGAACAACGUCCUCUUGCUGAAAAAGAACAACUUUGACCAAGCAUUGAAUGAAACGAAGUAUCUGCUGGUGGAGUUCUAUGUUUCUUUAUCUCAACUAUCUCAAAAUUUGUCCGAAGAAUUUACUGAAGCUGCCCGACAGCUUAGAAAAGAAGCUCCAAGAAUCCAGUUUGGCAAAAUCGAUGUCACAGAUCAACAUGAUUUGAGGAAAGAAUUUAACAUCCAGCAGUUUCCUACUGUGAAGCUUUUUGUGGAUGGCAGCAGGAAAGACCCCAUUGACUGCAAAGGAGUCAGAGAGGCCUCCACAUUUAUUACAUGGGUGAAAAGAAGAACAGGACCUAGCACUGUGUUAAUCAACUCUACUGCUCAGGCUGAAGCCAUAUUAAACACUGAAGACUUGGCAGUGAUUGGUUUUUUUAAGGAACUUCAUGGCGACAGUGUGGAUGUUUUCUGCGAGACAGCCAAAGAGGUGCCGGAGAUGCCCUUUGGGAUGACCACCAGCGAGGAAGUCAGUGCCAGCUACGCCAUCCGAAAGAGCACUCUGGUCGUGUUCAAGAAGGGAAAGCCUGUGCAUAAUGAAGUGCUUGAAGAUGGCAGCCAAAACAAACUGGAUCUAACAAGAUUAAUCAAAACCUUUACCUUGGAUUUAGUCACUGAAUAUAAUCUUGAGACAUCUGUGAAGAUUUUUGAUGUCCCUGUUGAAAGUCACAUCCUGCUGUUCGCCCCAAAGAGCUCACAAACGUUCAACAUGACUUACGAGGAUUACAAGUCUGCUGCUGCGGAAUUCAGAGGAAAGAUAAUGUUUGUCUUCGUGGACACUAAUGAAACAAGGAACGGACGAGUUUUUGAGUAUUUUCGCAUCACUCAAGCUGAUGUUCCUGCAGUGAGAAUCCUCAACUUGACAAGUGAUGCAAAGUACAAAAUGCCUGCAGAUGAGGUGACUGUGGAGAACUUGAGACAUUUUUGUCAGAACUACCUAGAUGGAAAAGCAAAGCUACAUCUCUCCAGUGAGGAAGUUCCAGAAGAUUGGGACAAGCUGCCUGUCAAAGUCCUUGUCGGGAAGAAUUUCAACAGGAUUGUCUUCAACGACACCAUGACCGUGUUUGUAAUGUUUUAUGCCCCAUGGUCCCAUGCCUGCACAAAACUCCUGCCAAUAUGGGAUAGGCUGGCAGAGGAAUACGAGAGUCGCAAGGACAUAAUGAUUGCCAAGAUAGAUGUCACGGCAAACGACAUCCUGUCCAUCAUGCUGGAUCACUAUCCAUUCUUCAGACUGUUUCCUGCAGGGCCUGAUUACCAGGUGGUGGCUUAUGCUGGGGAACAUACUUUGAAGGCAUUUUCUGAAUUCUUAGAAGAACAAAGCAAGACAAAAACAGCAACAAAAGAGAAGGAUCCUUCAGGAAGGACCAAAGAGGAUCUCAGCCAGGAAGAGAACAUCGUAACACAGAAAACAGAGCUCUAA